AUGGAGGUGGAUGAGGCCCUGGGUACACUGCCCGGCCAGGGGCAAGGCGACAUCAUCUGCCAGGGACACCAAGCUGGCGCAGCAGUGGACAUGGGGCAUGGGGCUGCUGAUAAUGAAAAAGACACCAAGCACCUUGGGAUUAUGCAUGAGACAGAGCUGCUCCCUGUCCGUAUUCCGGAGGUGAAGCAAAAACGUCAGGAUGCAAUACGCAUCCAGAAGUGGGUCAAGAUGCUUAAAGACUGGCCAAAAUAUAAAAACACCGAGAAGCUCUCCCGCAGAGUGUACAGAGGAAUUCCCCAAGCAGUACGAGGUCAGGCAUGGUCACUCCUGCUUGACAUUGGCCAAAUCAAGACUGAAAACCCCGGGAAAUAUAGGGUCAUGAAGGAGAAGGGCAAGAGUUCCUCCAGGAUCAUCGGCCUCAUCAAGCUAGAUGUCAAGCACACCCUCCAGAACCACGAGAUGUUCAUAGAAGGACUCGGGGUCAAGCAGCAGAAAUUAUGUGACAUUCUCAUGGCCUACUCUGCAUAUAACCCUGAGAUGUGCUACCACAGGGACCUGAGCCUCAUCGCCGCAAUCCUCCUCCUGUAUCUGCCAGAGGAAGAUGCCUUCUGGGCGCUGACCCAGCUUCUGGCCAGUGACAGGCACUUCCUGCAAGGUAGGUGGACAUCUCAUUCUACAGCCCAAAUCCAGCCCCGCUGCAGAAGCUCCUAUCGCACCAGGAGCACGUGUUGCACAAGUCCUUCCCCGAGAUCAUGA